UGUGUCUUGACGUGGCGCCGGGCCGCCGCCAUGUUGUUUUGCUUCGUUGUCAGCUGAGAGGAGCAGCAGCGGCAGCAGAGCGGAGCUUUUAUCUGACAGUGUGUCCGACCCCUCCCGUCUCCCAGCGUUGCCAUGGCAACCUUCCCAGAGUACAUCGCUCAGAACGAGGAGCGUGAUGGCGUGCGGUUCAGCUGGAAUGUGUGGCCGUCCAGCCGGCUGGAGGCGACCCGGAUGGUGGUCCCGGUGGCGGCCCUGUUCACCCCGCUGAGGGAGCGACCCGACCUGCCCCCCAUCCAGUAUGAGCCGGUCCUCUGCAGCCGCGCCACCUGCCGCGCCGUGCUCAACCCGCUGUGCCAAGUGGACUACAGAGCCAAACUGUGGGCCUGUAACUUCUGCUACCAGAGGAACCAGUUUCCUCCAUCCUACGCGGGGAUCUCUGAGGUGAACCAACCUGCUGAGCUGCUGCCUCAGUUCUCCACCAUCGAGUAUGUGGUCCAGCGGGGUCCUCAGAUGCCACUGGUCUUCCUGUAUGUGGUGGACACCUGUAUGGAGGACGAGGACCUGCAGGCUCUGAAGGAGUCUCUGCAGAUGUCCCUGUCUCUGCUGCCUCCCACCGCGCUAGUCGGACUCAUUACCUUCGGCCGGAUGGUUCAGGUCCACGAGCUCGGCUGUGAAGGGAUCUCCAAGAGCUACGUCUUCAGGGGGACCAAAGAUCUCAAUGCCAAGCAGCUACAGGAGAUGCUCGGUCUCACCAAACCUUCAGCCACUCAGGCACGAGGUCCUCAAACUGCCCCACAGCCUCUGUCCAACAGGUUCCUGCAGCCAGUGCAGAAGAUCGACAUGAACCUGACUGACCUGUUGGGGGAGCUGCAGCGCGACCCCUGGCCCGUCACACAGGGAAAGAGGCCGCUGCGCUCGCUGGGUGUCGCCAUGUCCAUCGCUGUGGGGCUGCUGGAGUGCACCUUCCCCAACACUGGUGCUCGGAUCAUGACGUUCAUCGGCGGCCCGGCAACGCAGGGCCCCGGAAUGGUGGUUGGAGAUGAACUGAAGAUCCCCAUCAGGUCCUGGCACGACCUUGAGAAAGACAACGCCAAGUUCAUGAAGAAAGCCACGAAGCACUAUGAGUCUCUAGCUAACAGAGCAUCCACUAACGGUCACAUCAUCGACAUCUACGCCUGUGCUCUGGAUCAGACCGGCCUCCUCGAGAUGAAGUGCUGCGCCAACUACACCGGAGGUUACAUGGUGAUGGCAGACUCCUUCAACACGUCUCUGUUCAAGCAAACCUUCCAAAGAGUUUUCACCAAAGAAGUCCAGGGAUCCUUCAAGAUGGCCUUCGCCGCCACGCUGGAGGUCAAGACGUCCAGAGAGAUCAAAGUAUCAGGAGCGAUCGGACCCUGCGUGUCUCUGAGCGCCAAAGGACCCUGUGUCUCUGAGAACGAGAUCGGGACAGGAGGAACGUGUCAGUGGAAGAUCUGUGGUUUGGAUCCGACCACCACGCUGGCUCUUUACUUUGAGGUGGUGAACCAGCACAACGCUCCGAUUCCUCAGGGCGGCCGUGGAGCGAUCCAGUUCGUCACUCAGUACCAGCACUCCUCAGGACAGAGACGCAUCAGAGUCACCACCACGGCCAGGAACUGGGCAGACGCUCAGACUCAGAUUCAGAGCAUCGCGGCGUCCUUCGAUCAAGAGGCGGCGGCCAUCUUGAUGGCGAGGUUGGCGGUGUACCGGGCGGAGACAGAGGAGGGGCCUGAUGUUCUGCGCUGGUUGGACAGACAGCUGAUCAGACUGUGUCAGAAGUUUGGAGAUUAUCACAAAGACGAUCCAAACUCCUUCAGGUUCUCUGAGACCUUCUCCCUCUACCCUCAGUUCAUGUUCCACCUGCGGCGCUCUCCGUUCUUGCAGGUGUUCAACAACAGUCCAGAUGAGAGUUCAUAUUACAGACAUCAGUUCAACAGACAGGACCUGACUCAGGCUCUCAUUAUGAUCCAGCCUGUGCUCUACGCUUAUUCAUUCAACGGACCACCUGAGCCGGUCCUAUUGGACAGCAGCAGCAUCCUGCCAGACCGAAUCCUGUUGAUGGACACUUUCUUCCAGAUCCUCAUCUACCACGGAGAGACUGUGGCUCAGUGGAGGAAGGCCGGCUACCAGGAAAUGCCCGAGUAUGAAAACUUCAGACAUCUGCUUCAGGCUCCCGUGGAUGACGCUCAGGAGCUGCUGCACACUCGUUUCCCCAUGCCCAGAUACAUCGACACGGAGCACGGAGGCAGCCAGGCUCGCUUCCUGCUCUCUAAAGUGAACCCCUCUCAGACCCACAACAACAUGUACGCCUGGGGUCAGGAGUCCGGAGCUCCCAUCCUGACGGACGACGUCAGCCUACAGGUGUUCAUGGAUCACCUGAAGAAGCUUGCCGUCUCCAGCGCCGCCUGACCUCAGCUGUCCCCUCGGCUGUCCCUUCUCAGUUUAUUCUUUUAUUUUGCAUUUGCUGCCUGAGUUACCAUGACAACCAAUAGAGAUGCAUGUUAAAGCACAUUUAUGUUUUUACAUCUGCACCCUUUAAAGGUGUUCAAAUCAAACUGAGCAGUUUUAGUCACAAUGCGUCGUUUUAAAGGAGCAGAGCAGCAGUUCCACGUUUCAGACCAUCAUUAACAUUCUUUCCUGUAAUAUUUCAAACUGAUCCACUGGAAAAAUAAAGUUCUAGAAGAAUCAGAAGUUGGAGAGAAAUACCGUGUUCCUGUAGUUGCCUCCACAAUAAAAGCCUCCAUGUGAUUUUAACCUGUAGAUACAGCGGGGCAUUCUGAUUGGUCCAAAUCAACUUAAAUCAACUCAUUGGUUUCGUUCAUUUCUUUAAGGAGUUCAAAUCUGUUGGAAUCUGUCACAUUAAAACAUCACGUCUGCUGUUAUUAUAAUUAUUAUUGUUAUGAAGCAAUAAAACUGCAGACGGUCAGGGAUGAUGAUUUUAAACCUUAUGGAAACCAAAAGCUGCCUGGAAAAGUAUAACAAAUAUAUGAAUAAUCUGACACAGUGCAGGAGAGAAAGCACACGUCUGCUGCUUUAACAGGUUAUAAUCCAACAUGUGAGCAAAUGAAAGUUCAAUACGUAUAAAAUAAGGAAACUCUCGUUUCAGUGUGUUAUCCUCCCUCAGCUCUUCAUCACACUGAGCUCAUCGAACGUAUUGAUCAUCACAAAACCUCGAGCAGAGCAGCUUUGUGUCUGUUGUUUUGUGAUGAUCAACAUGUUUCAGUGUAAUCAGAUUACAUUUGUCCUCCGGAAGUUCUGAUUGUUCAGUUUCAGUGUGAGGAGACGUUUGUCCACUUCCUUUAUCUGUAGUGUCUGACGGUGGACGACAGUUUGAAACCUCUGAACACUAAAAGUCCUGCAGAGAGAAAAGGCGAUGUUUUCAUUGAGUUUUUGUUCUCGUGUUUCUAAUAAAACUCUGCUGUUGAGAA